AAUGAGGACGAGCGCAAACAGAGACGGAGACUGAUCAGUGUCAUUCAUUCCUGGACUUUGUUUCCUUCUCUUUGUCGUUGAAAUGAUAGUGGAGCUGGUGUGCAGUGCUGUGGCUCUGCUCCUCUAUAUGAACACAUUGAGCGCUGAUUUCUGCUAUGAUGACAGUCGAGCAAUCAAAACCAACCAGGACCUCCUACCGGACACCCCAUGGACGAACAUUCUAUAUGAUGACUUCUGGGGCACUUUGCUUACCCACAGCGGCAGCCACAAGUCUUUCCGUCCUCUCUGCACCAUCUCUUUCCGCCUCAAUUAUUUCUUGGGUGGCCUGGAUCCCUACGGCUUCCACCUGUUCAACGUGGGCCUUCACUGCUGCGUCACUGCCCUCUUCACUGCAUUCUGUCGCCCCUUGCUGGGUGGAGGACCUUGGAGUCUGUUGGCAGGACUGCUCUUCGCCUCUCAUCCCAUACACACCGAAGCGGUAGCUGGGGUCGUGGGCCGAGCAGAUGUUGGAGCAGCCUUUUGCUUCUUAUUGUCACUUCUCUGUUAUUCCCAAUAUUGCCGUCUCAGGCAUAAUGCAGCACACUCGAGUCGGGUUGCGUGGCGUGCUGGAUCUUGGCUUGCUGGAAGCCUGGGUGCUGCUGCAGCUGCUUUACUGUGGAAGGAGCAGGGGGUGACUGUUCUGGCUGUUUCAGCUGUUUAUGAUGUCUGUGUUGUGCAUCGGCUGCGGCUACGGCAAGCGCUAAUAGUGCUGCUAAAGCGGAAGAACAGGAGCCUGCUGGUCAGUUUAGCAUGGCUGGUCGGUUGGGGAAUAAUUCUGCUCACAGCUCGAUUUCACUGGAUGGGCAACAAGCCACCAAACUUCUCCAACUCGGACAACCCUGCAGCCGAUUCACCUCAUUUCCUCACUAGAGCGCUUACAUUCCUGUACCUGCCAUCUGUUAAUGCCUGGCUCCUCCUCUGCCCUGACAAACUCAGCUUUGAUUGGUCAAUGGAUGCUGUUCCUUUGCUCAAAUCCAUUGCUGAUUGGAGGAACCUUCAGUCUGUUAUGUUUUACACAGGAUUUGCUCUCCUAGCAUGGUUUAGCCUCAGAAACCCACCGCUACAGGCCACUAAAAUCAACGAAAGCAAUGGAAAAUCACAUGUGAGCAACGGAAAAUAUGCAACUAAUGGAUGCAGUCAUAAGCACAAUGACAAUCACUACAGGGACUUAAACCUAAAAAGUAACGGAUAUCAUAAUAAAUCCCUCAAAGUUUCUCCAAAAACACUUCCAGCCACAGAGAAUGUGGUGGUGUUUUCUCUUGGGCUGCUGGUUUUGCCCUUCAUCCCUGCCACUAAUUUGUUCUUCUAUGUGGGUUUUGUGGUGGCCGAGCGGGUGCUGUAUAUCCCCAGUAUGGGCUUCUGUCUGCUCGUGACCGCCGGGGUGAGGAGCUUGUUUGUCCGUUGCCGGUCAAAAAGCUUCAGAGCUCUCCUGCUGACCUGUACUGCAGGUCUGGUGCUUCUCUACAGCCUGAGGACUGUGAGGAGGAACCAGGACUGGAAGAGUGAGGAGAUGCUCUACAGAUCUGGCAUUGCUGUAAAUCCUGCUAAAGCUUGGGGUAAUCUGGGUAAUGUCUUGAAGAACCAGGGAAAGAUGGCAGAGGCUGAGAGAGCAUACAGAAAUGCUCUGUAUUACCGAGGCAAUAUGGCAGACAUGCUCUACAACCUUGGUUUGCUGCUACAGGAGAACGAACGGUUUUCUGAGGCUCUUCACUAUUAUAAACUGGCCAUCGGGAGCAGACCGACCCUGGCCUCUGCAUACUUGAAUGUGGGCAUCAUUCUGGUCUCCCAGGGGAAUAUUGAAGAGGCCAAGCGGACUUUUCACACAUGCGCGGACAUCCCAGAUGAGAAUCUGAAGGACCCUCAUGCACACAAAAGCUCUGUGACCAGCUGCUUGUACAACCUUGGCAAACUGCUGCAUGAUCAGGGCCAGCAUGAGGAAGCGCUGUCUGUGUAUAAAGAGGCAGUUCGGAAAAUGCCACGACAAUUCGCACCACAGAGUUUAUACAACAUGAUGGGUGAGGCGUAUAUGAGGCUGAAUAUUCUAGAGGAAGCUGGACAUUGGUAUAGAGAGUCACUAAAGGCCAAACCAGAUCAUAUUCCUGCCCACCUGACCUAUGGAAAGCUACUGUCUAUUAUGGGACAGAAGUCUGAAGCAGAGCGUUACUUCCUGAAGGCGAUAGAGCUGGAUCCUGCUAGAGGAAACUGCUAUAUGCAUUAUGGUCAGUUUCUGUUGGAGGAGUCUCGUCUGGCAGAGGCAGCGGCGAUGGCUCAGAAAGCUGCAGAGCUGGACAAUGAGGAGUUUGAUGUGGUGUUCAGCGCUGCUCAUAUGCUGAGACAGGCCAGUCUUAAUGAGGAAGCUGAAACAUAUUAUGGCAAAGCAGCUGUUUUAAGACCUGAUCAUCCGGCAGCUCUGAUGAAUCUCGGUGCCAUCCUGCACCUCAAUGGGAAGCUGAAGGAAGCUGAGAGCAACUACCUCCGUGCACUGCAGCUCAAACCAGAUGACCUUAUCACUCAGUCCAACCUCCACAAGCUCUGGAACGUCAUGCAGAAACAGGGUCUGAGAGCCACUGCCACAUGAUCACACUCAGCUGUGGAUGUCUGAUCUUAUAGACAUGGACUUCUGUGCCGAUUCG